UUUUUCACCUACUUUGCAAUAACUGAUUUCCUUCUAGGAAUCUGAGGUGAGGCAAGGUGAUGGAGAGGAAAGAAAUGGAAGACCAAAAUUUUAAUCCUAAUAUAUGUCUUGAAAUAUCUCUUAGAUGGGUGCAUCCCUAUAAUCCACACAAGGCUUCAGCUUCUUUUUGUUUUAAUAUAAGUAAACAUUUACUUUAUAGGCAAAAAUAACUUUGAUAACAAAGAUGAAGAGAGCUCUGAAACAACAGGAUGAGAGACAGUCUUCAGAUUUCUUCUCUCUAGUGAUGGUGGAGUUGGAAAAAAGCUCCUGUAACUCUCCUUCUGAAUGAACUCCGUGCCAGAAGACAUGGAGAGUGUUCUCACAGGGAGCCAGACCUCUCACGCUUCUUUGCGCAAUGUCCAUUCCGUCAACCCUACACAGCUCAUGGCCAGGAUUGAGUCCUAUGAAGGAAGGGGAAAAAAAGGCAUAUCUGAUGUCAGGAGGACUUUCUGUUUGUUUGUCACCUUUGACCUCUUAUUUGUAACAUUACUGUGGAUAAUAGAGUUAAAUGUGAAUGGAGGCAUUGAGAACACAUUAGAGAAGGAGGUGGUACACUAUGACUUCUACUCUUCUUAUUUUGAUAUAUUUCUUUUGGCAGUUUUUCGAUUCAAAGUGUUAAUACUUGCCUAUGCUGUAUGCAGACUGCGCCAUUGGUGGGCAAUAGCGUUGACGACAGCAGUGACCAGUGCCUUUUUACUAGCAAAAGUGAUCCUCUCAAAGCUUUUCUCUCAAGGAGCUUUUGGUUAUGUGCUGCCCAUUAUUUCAUUCAUUCUUGCUUGGAUCGAGACAUGGUUCCUGGAUUUCAAAGUGUUACCUCAAGAAGCAGAAGAAGAAAACAGACUCCUGAUAGUUCAGGAUGCUUCGGAGAGGGCAGCACUUAUACCUGGUGGUCUUUCUGAUGGUCAGUUUUAUUCUCCUCCUGAAUCUGAAGCAGGAUCUGAAGAAGCUGAAGAAAAACAGGACAGUGAAAAACCACUAUUAGAGCUAUGAGUACUACUUUUGCUAAAUGUGAAAAACUCUCAUUGAAAAUGAGGGCAAAGAGGACUGGUGAUGGGUCUCCCUAUGGAGAGCUGAAGUGGUGACAUCCACGGCUGACUUGAUUGAUUGGCGAAUAAAGCAUCUAUUUAUUGUAAUACCUCACAGACACUGUACCAUAUUCACAUGCAUUUAGCACCCUGCCUGUGGCAGGUAAGGUAACGUAAUGAUCUACCCUCUGUUCAGUGAGACUGAGUCUGAUCUGUAAUAAAUAGUUGCAGAAAGGUCUUUUGCUGUAUUCCUAAUCAACAGACUGCUUAAUAUAUUAUAGUAACACGUUUUUAGUAAGCACAAUAUCUUUUAUUUGGAUUCACUGAAUGGAAUUGUUUUGUUUCAUGUCUCAGAUUUCUUCUGUAUCUCUUUUUUAACAUCCUACAUUUUCUUUGUGUUUUUUAACUCAUGCA